CCCUUUAAGUGAUUUAUGCAACAGCAUCUCCCGGUACCUCAGUCUACCUCAGUCAGCACCAUGGACAGCGACCCCGCCAGCUCUCCGGCCGCCUCCUGCGCACCCAGCGGGCCCCGAGGGGCAGGGCACGCUCCUUCAGUAACGACGACCAGCUAAUAUCUCCCAUCAUGUUACUGCGGCACUGACAGCUGAACCGUAGAAAGCAGGAUGCGGGAUUUCCCAUAGAAACACCCUCGCGUAUUGUUUUUCUUGUCUUAACCCGUUUCCCAGCAGCUGGAAGGUACAGAUGCUCUUUUUUGGCCGAUCACCGGCUCUAAAUGCCUCUAAACGACAGCAGAUGUGACGAGUCUCAUUUGAGGGUCGCUGUGGAGCAAAGGUGGUGAAAUCUCUCGCUCUUCCUCCUCCUUCACGCCCUGUCAUCACUACCAGUAGCUGCCCAGCACCAUGUCUUCUCCACCAUCGGCUGCGACAGCGAGUGAAAGCAGCACCACCACCGUUUUCGAGGAGGACACCAGACAGGAGCAAAGACCGCUGAAGCAAUCUCUAAGCAAGUCCUUAUGUCGGGAGAGUUUCUGGAAAUGCCUACUCCUGUCCGUUCUCAUGUAUGGCUGCAUGGGAGCCAUGGUUUGGUGUCACAUCACCAAAGUGACUCGUUUCACCUUCGACAGUGCCUUAAAAGGAAAAUCCAAGAUGUACCAUGACAGCCCCUGUUCUGAUGGCUACAUCUACAUUCCCUUGGCCCUACUGGGCAUCCUCUAUUUAGUCUACCUGUUGGAGUGCUGGCACUGUCACGUGAAGAAUGAGUUGCUGCACAAAAUGGACGUGGAGGGCAUCUAUGAGCACAUCAAGAAGAUGCAGCAGGCUAAGCCCUGCAUCUGGUGGAAGGCCUUCAGCUAUCACUAUGUGCGGCGAACUCGACAAGUCACGCGCUACCGCCGUUAUACUUGCACCCAGGUUUACCAUGAGCGCCUCGACUCCCACGUGGCAGAAGCAGAAUUUGACUACAGCCACUGUGGUGUCAAAGAUGUUUCCAAACAGCUGCUGGGCUUGGAGAAGUCUGUGCUUACAAAGAUGCGCUUGACUAAGUGCUUCAGUUUUGCCAACGUGGAGUCCGAGAAUUCUUAUCUCACACAAAGGGCAAGGUUUUUCACCGACAACGAGGGCCUGGAUGACUACAUGGAAGCCAGAGAAGACAUGAAUCUAAAGAACAAUGACCUGAAGGAGUAUGUCUUGGUGCUCUGCAACCCAAAGCACCACCCUUGGUAUCUGUCCCACUACGUCUUCUGGUUUGCCUCCUUCCUCACGUUCUCCUGGCCUCUCAGAGUCUUCACGGAGUAUCGCACUGCAUACGUCCACUAUCGCGUUGAGAAGGUCUUCGGGCAUGAUUACCGACCUGUGUCGCCAUGUGUUGAUCGACGAUACUGGUGUCGUAUCCCUCGAGUUAAAAGCACUGAUGUUACAGAACUGGAGUGGCACAUUUGCUCCAACCAGCAGCUGCUUACCCAGAGGCUGACCUCAUGGAUCUGGCCCAGCGACCGUCCAACUUCAGCGAGAUUCAUCAGAACUGUGAGUGCUGCCACAGAGUCAUCAUCUGAUCCUCAGUGUUCUUUAGAAGCCCCCUCAGCAUCUGCACUUGUGCCAACAUUCCUUUAAAGGAUCCCAACAUCGACUUUGUUGUAGUUUUGUCACCGUCAAGAAUCCUUUUCUGUAAUUUUAUGUUUCUUUAGCCUUCAGGUGACCUGUGUGGAGUCAUUUAUGACCCCAGCCUUAUAUUUAUAUGUGCCUUUGUGAUAUUUUUGACCAUAGAACUAUUUCUUGCCAGGAUUUUUUCCACCUUCUUCUUAUUUUAUCGUUAUAGGCUUUGAUUUUAUUGUGGUUUGUGACUUGUUGGUAAUAAUGUCAUAUUUACGAGUCCAAUUUUGACCAUUAUUAUUUUUAGAUAUUUUAGUAAUCUGGGAAUUUUGAGUGUUUCUGCUAAAAGAAUCAUAUAACACAUUAACACGCAGAUUGAGUUUGAGCCUGGGAGUAACAAAAGAUGAAAAACAAACCUCCUGACUGUGAUAACUUCACUGUAAUUUGUCGGUGAUCAAAGUAUUAUUGAGUCACCAUUUCAUAGUUUGGUGUUAAAUGAUACAUAAUCUGCUUAAAAGUAUAUUACAUAUACUUACAUACAUAUUUUUCUAGUGUUAUUGAAACAAAGAAAAUUUGUUUUGUGAGAAAAAUUAUAGGAUUGUCUAAAUAAAGUGUCAUUUUAUUUGUGCAACUCCUCUUUGCAGUGAAAAUAGUAAUAGACGAGUUAUUUGAGGGUUAAAAUGAAGUCUAUUUUACUAAAGACUGAUGCUCAGUUACAUUUAUACAGUAUCAAGUAAAGAAAUAAUGUACUGAAAUGCUGUUAAAUGUGCUGUUACAUUUUAAUAGCACAUUUAGUCAUUUAGUAACACCACAACCCUUCCAAAUGACCCAUAAGAUUUUCCAACAUCCUGCUGAACUGAUGUUCUCCUUGUUUCAGUAAAGAGAAAUUAGAACCAAACAGCUGAACAGGCAGCUUUAGAUCAUACAUAACACAAACAUUACUUUUGUUGUGAGUUGUAAGUUUAAUUGUGACCCAGAAUGUGAUAUAAUUUUGAUGUUUCAUGUAUCCCAAUUAUGUGAAAAAUGUGCUUUUUGGUAAUAAUGCCAGCAUUAAAUGUGCUUCAUAUCAUGUAUGACACAUGACUCGCACACAGGAUGAGCUCUACUUACAAAUAUCUUUAUUAGACUUAAAGAAAUAAGAGUUUUCAUGCAGUAGAUUUGAUGCUUGAUGGUUUCUGGAAACUUUUGCUCCCGUGUUCACUACAUUUCUUGAACGCUUAUUGAGGUUCUUGAAAACAUUUUACACAU